ACUGAAAGUGAAUUAUCAUAAUACCCAUCAGAUGGUGGACUCUUCAACUCGAAAAGGUGGAGAAUAAGCAUCAGUGGCUUAUCAAAGGAUUGGGCAACUGUACAGAAUCAAUCAGUCAGUGCUGGAACCAGGUCAUGAAGCUAUAUGCCUCCCUGAUUGACCGAUCAGGUGAUCCAGCUGAAAACGACUUGUUGAUGGAGGAUGGUUGAGUUCACCAGGACCACCAUGUCUGAAGAUCAAAAUUUCCGUUCUCUCCGUGUAAAGUGCCAGCGGUGAUCUUUGUGGCGGUUGAAGCUGACUCCUGAGUUGGCACCAGUAGCUACCAUCACAUAUUCACAUGAAGGACGUGAGCUCAGCUGUCAGCUCAUUACUGACAUGGCUGUAUUAACUCUUGAACGAGACGUGGGGCUUAAGGCUUAUUCCCGUACCACCUGGUGUGGUGGGUGUGGUGGCAGCUGCAGAUGGCACCGCCGGGUUAUCGGUUGGUAUGCACGCUCAUGCUCAUCUAGUCAUCUGCUCAUGGAUUUGCUUCCAGAGCCUCUAUCUCCAUCGUCAAGCUCGGGUUCCAUGUGAUUUCUCUCCAGAUGUGCUCCAGAUUUUCCGCCCUGUGACCUGCCGUGGUUCUCAGCUGGAUGGUGCGAAUACGCGUACGACAGUGGCUUCGAUGUCACGUAACACGUGAUUGAGUUCACGAAUUUUCGGGAGAAAAGGUAGUUUUUUGCGGAAGAUUUUGGAACGGAAGAUAUCACGCGAACUAUAAGCAGACUAAACCGAGAGGAGUUAUCACCCUGUUAAACCUCAAAACCGCCAAACCCUUCAGCUCAACAACACCAGAAGGAGCUUUGUUGUCAGCUCUGCUUUCUUGCCACGUCGACCCUAUGGUGAGCAUGGCGCCCUCGCAGCCGCCGCAGCUGAGCCUGGCGAACCUCAGGGCGCUGUCCGUGCUCGGCCAGGGCGCCAGGGGCGUGGUCUUCCACGUCGUGCCUGUCGCCGCCGCGGCGGCAGCCGGGGACAGCUCCGCUAGUGCGGGCGCCGACCCCAUGGCCAUGGCGCUCAAGGCCAUGUCCCGCGCUGCCGCGCGGCCAGGAGGCACGUGCGGCGGUGACGGGCACCAGAGGAUCUGGUUCGAGCGCGACGUGCUGCUCGCGCUCCGGCACCCGCUGCUUCCCUCCCUCCGCGGCGUCGUGGUCACCGACAACGUCGUCGGCUUCGUCAUCGACCGCUGCCCCGGCGGCGACCUCAAGUCGCUCCGGCGCCGGUGGCGCGCCGAGACGACGUUCCCGGAGUCCGUCAUCCGGUUCUACGCCGCGGAGCUGGUGCUCGUCCUGGAGCACCUCCACAGCCUCGGCGUCGCGUACCGCGACCUCAAGCCGGAGAACGUCCUCAUCCAGGACUCUGGCCACAUCAUGCUCGUCGACUUCGACCUCUCCACCGCGCUUCCACCUCCUGCGCCCCUGCCGCCGCCGGACGCCACGGCGCAACGCGUCAGCUCGCCAUCGCGGCCUUCCUCACGCCACCGCAGGCGCAAGAACAAGAAGGCGGCGGCGAUGGUGUUUGCGUGCUUCUCCUCCCGCCACGCAGCCUCGCCGGAGACGUCGUCUUCCCAGUCCCCGCAGUCCGCGUCCUCGUCGUCCUGCUUCUCGUCGGGUGCGCGGACGCCGGCCAAGUCGAACUCGUUCGUGGGCACGGAGGACUACGUGGCGCCGGAGAUCGUGGUGGGCAGCGGGCACGACCACGCGGUGGACUGGUGGGGCCUCGGCGUGGUGCUCUACGAGAUGCUGUACGGGCGCACGCCGUUCCGGGGCCGGAGCCGGCGUGAGACGUUCCGCCGCGUCCUCACCGCGCCGCCGGAGCUGCCCGGCGAGCCGACGCCGCUGCGCGACCUCAUCGCGCGCCUGCUCGAGAAGGACCCCCGGAAACGGCUGGGCGCGCACGGCGUGAAGCGGCACGCCUUCUUCCGCGGCGUGGACUGGGACCACGUCCUCGACGUGGCGCGCCCGCCGUUCAUCCCAGCUCCCGACGGCGACGCUGGCGCGGAGGCCCUUGCCGAUGCCGAGGCGUUGGACGUGGAGAAGGUCGUCGAUGAGGUGUUCGGCGCAGCGAGCGGCAACGGUGAGACGCCGCCGACGGAUGUUGGCAGUGACGGUGGGAGAGAUUUUGAUUUCUCCAUAUUUUUCUGAGUCAUUGACUACUGCUUCGUAGUUCGUAUUCCUGCACUAGUACUCAACUAGGAGUACAUGCCACGCGUUUCCAAAACGAAAAUGCUUACUUAACUAGGAGUAUGCAUAUAGUUUCCUUUUCUUUUUCUUUUUUUUUAUCCUAGCUUCAUUUGCAUAGUAAUAAGUCAGCGUAGUGGUCUAUCUCCGUUUUGGAGAUCUUGUAUGCUCAAACUUGCGUACUUAUCGAUAGUUCCUCAUAAAAAAAAGGUGGAGAAUAUUGAGACUGUAGGAUUAUAUUGCUAAGGUGCGGUAAACUACAGGGCAUCCCUUUGAAAAGCUGGAAUAGAAUCACGCCGUUCUUUUC